AUGGCUUGUUAUCUUACUUUAUUUGUGUCAAAUUAUUGCUGUAAAUUCAACUGAAUUGCAUUUAUUGUAAAUGCGUUUGGUAUUCUAAUUGCAUUAUUCUACAGUGUGCAAUUAGUUACAUAUUGUUUUAUAUUGAGAAAAGUGUUGAUCAACCCGUGUCCUUACAUCGAAAACAGUGAUAACAUAAAGUUGUGAUUGAUAAAAAAGAAGAGAUUAUAACCAACUUGAAAGACGAGUAGUUACUUCAUUAUAUCAUCUUUGAGCAUGUGAUCAAUCUUACGAGUUAUUAAUGACUAUCCGCGACCGCUAACCUUUGCUCGCGGUAAUUUGUUUGAAGGUGGACCGCAUUAUUGCGACAUCGCGUAGAAGCAGGGUAAAGUUCGAGUUUACGUGAUGCCCGACAUUAAGAUUACCCCGCUGGGGGCGGGCCAGGAUGUGGGCAGGAGCUGUAUUCUCUUGUCCAUGGGAGGGAAGAACAUUAUGCUCGACUGUGGCAUGCAUAUGGGCUACAACGACGAACGACGCUUUCCGGAUUUCUCUUACAUCGUCCCUGAAGGACCAAUCACGAGCCAGAUCGAUUGUGUCAUAAUCUCGCAUUUCCAUUUGGACCACUGUGGUGCUUUGCCCUACAUGUCCGAGAUGGUAGGCUACACUGGUCCCAUCUAUAUGACUCAUCCCACAAAAGCCAUUGCCCCUAUCCUUCUGGAGGACAUGAGAAAAGUUGCAGUAGAAAGAAAAGGCGAAUCUAACUUCUUCACGUCUCAAAUGAUAAAGGACUGCAUCAAGAAAGUUACUGCGGUAACUCUGCACCAGUCUGUGAUGGUAGACAAUGAUCUAGAGAUAAAGGCAUACUAUGCGGGGCAUGUGUUGGGCGCAGCAAUGUUUUGGAUCAGAGUCGGGUCUCAGUCUGUUGUCUACACCGGUGACUACAAUAUGACUCCGGACAGACAUUUAGGAGCUGCUUGGAUUGACAAGUGCCGACCUGAUUUGCUCAUAUCAGAGUCGACCUAUGCUACUACUAUCAGAGAUUCCAAAAGGUGCCGUGAAAGAGACUUCCUCAAGAAAGUCCAUGAGUGUGUGGAAAAGGGUGGCAAAGUGCUCAUACCUGUUUUUGCUCUUGGUCGUGCCCAGGAACUCUGUAUAUUAUUAGAAACAUACUGGGAGCGGAUGAAUCUUAAGUGCCCAGUCUACUUCGCCCUGGGCCUUACAGAGAAAGCAAACAAUUACUAUAAAAUGUUCAUCACAUGGACAAAUCAGAAGAUCAGGAAGACUUUUGUGCAGAGAAACAUGUUUGAUUUUAAACAUAUCAAACCUUUUGACAAGUCAUACAUAGAUAACCCUGGGGCCAUGGUGGUGUUUGCAACACCGGGUAUGUUACAUGCUGGACUCUCACUAAACAUCUUCAAGAAAUGGGCACCGUAUGAACAAAACAUGGUUAUCAUGCCCGGGUUCUGUGUUCAAGGAACUGUUGGUCAUAAGAUUUUAAAUGGGGCAAAAAAAGUUGAAUUUGAAAAUCGUCAAGUGGUGGAAGUGAAAAUGGCAGUAGAGUACAUGUCUUUCUCUGCUCAUGCUGAUGCUAAAGGUAUCAUGCAGCUGAUUCAAUACUGUGAACCAAAGAAUGUACUGUUAGUGCAUGGUGAAGCUCAGAAAAUGGAGUUUCUGAAGGAUAAAAUUGAAAAAGAGUUCAAGAUUAACUGCUACAUGCCCGCUAAUGGAGAGACUUGCAUGAUUUCUACUCCAACUAAAAUCCCCAUUGAUGUGUCAUUAAGACUUCUGAAAGCUGAAUCAGUCAGAUAUAAUGCCCAGCCACCUGAUCCAAAGAGACGGCGUGUAGUGAAUGGAAUUCUCUGUGUCAAAGACAAUAGACUUUCUCUCAUAGACAUUGAUGAAAUGUGUGAUGAAAUUGGCAUCAACAGGCAUGUCAUCCGCUUCACAAGCACUGUCCGCUUGGAUGACCCGGGUCCAGCCCUGAAGACUGCAGAGAAGUUAAAAGGUUUAUUAACAGAGAAGCUAUCUGGAUGGUCCAUCACUAUAUCAGAUGGCAACAUCUCUGUCGAGUCUGUGCUUAUUAAAGUAGAGGGUGAUGAUGAAACAACAAAAAAUAUUUAUGUCUCAUGGACUAACCAGGAUGAGGAUCUUGGCAGUUACAUAUUAGGAUUGCUGCAGUCUAUGGUACAAUAGUUUUGAGAUUAAGCAUUAAUGAGCAUUUCUUUUUUUUUUUGCCACUUUUAUGAAGUGCGAUAUUUUUGAAAAAAAAAAUGCUAUUUCUACUCAGAAUUCUUCAAUCCAUGCCUUUUCAAUCCUAGU